AUGGGCCACUCACAAAGCACACCGUCUGCGCUGCAGACAUGCCUCAACUCUGUCUGCGCCGGCCGGUCUGGCUGUGUUGGCUACCCAUCUGAUCUGCUGUACCAGCUGGAAUGGGUCAAGCCGUACAAUCUGGCCGUUGACGUGUCACCCGUCGCCGUAGUCCGCCCCCAGAACGCCGCGGAUGUUGCUGCUUUUGUGCAAUGUGCCGUGUCCAACAGUGUCUCGGUGCAGGCCAAGUCCGGCGGCCAUUCGUACGCCAAUUUCGGGCUCGGCGGCGGCAGCAACCCGGGCGACCUUGCCAUCGACCUGUCCAACCUCGAUCAGUUCAGCAUGGACAAUUCCACUUGGCAGGCCACCAUUGGACCUGGUGCCACGCUCGGUGACAUCACCACGCAGCUCGUCGACAACGGAAACCGAGCUUUCGCCCAUGGCGUCUGCCCUGGCGUCGGCCUCGGCGGCCACGCCACGGUCGGCGGGCUGGGUCCCAUGUCGCGCAUGUGGGGCUCUUGCUUGGACCACGUCGUCGAGGCCGAGGUCGUGACGGCCGACGGCACCCUGGUGCGGGCCAGCGCCACUGAGAAUUCGGAUCUGUUCUGGGCCAUCCGGGGCGCUGCCUCCAGCUUUGGUAUCGUCACGGAGUUUGUCAUGCGCACACACCCGGCGCCCGGCAGUGUCGUGCAGUACUCAUUUGAUUUCUCGUUUGGCAGUGCCGCCGACCUGGCCGAGGUGUAUUCCACGUGGCAGGCCGUCAUUGCCGAUCCGAAUCUGGACCGCCGCUUCGGUACUGAGUUUGUCUUGUACCCGCUCGGCGCGAUUAUCACAGGCACCUUUUACGGCACGGCAGACGAGUGGACGGCCUCUGGCAUCCCCGCGCGCCUACCGCAAACGGGCAACAAGACGAUUGUCGUCAACGACUGGCUGGCCUCGCUGACCCAAGAGGCCGAGAACGAGGCGUUGUAUCUGUCCAACACCCAGACCAACUUUUAUUCCAAGUCGCUCGGGUUCCGGCGCGAAGACCUGCUGGCGCCGGCCGCCGUGGUCGAUCUCUUCACCUACGUCACGGCCGCCAACAAAGGCACCCUCCUGUGGUUCAUCAUCUUUGAUGCCAGCGGCGGGGCCGUGGCCGACGUCGCACAAAAUGCCACGGCGUUUGCCCACCGCGACAAGGUCUUGUUCUACCAGUCGUACGCCGUUGACCUGCUGUCGCUGUCGACCACAACCCGCGCGUUCCUCACCAACUUCCACACAACGCUGCUCAACCUGCUGCCCGGCGGCAACGGCACAACCGUCGGCACGUACUCGGGCUAUGUGGACCCGGCCCUGGCGGCGCCGCAGGCCGAGUACUACAUGACGAAUCUGCCGGCGCUGGAGGUGCUCAAGGCCAAGUGGGACCCGAAACAGGUCUUCCACAACCCGCAGAGCGUACAGCCGGCGGCGUAA